AUGCAAGGGAACGGCUCAUCAGCUUCUGAUCCUGAACCUCUUCCUAAAUGUCCCUUGGCCCCUGGUGCCUGUGGAGAAGCCCCCCCUUUGGAGAAAGAUUGCGAGGAAGUGAAGGAUUUGUUGAAAGCGCCAAACAGCAGCCCUGCAAUGGUGUACGCAAGUCUGAACGACAGCAAGGAGUGCUGCACCUUGAGGAUGUUUCCGUCGGACUGGACUCUACUGCACUAUGCCAGCGAGAACCUGGAAACCGAACCCCAGGUUGUGGAAUGCCUCAUCCAGGGGGGCUCUGACGUGAACGCCCCCACAAAGCAGGGGCACACGCCACUGCACAUUGCCGCACGAUGGGGCGUCGUGCAGGCCAUCAAUGUGCUCAUUGAGAAAGGGGCUGACGUCGACGCCAAGACACCUUUGGGGCGGCACACUCCUUUGUACGUCGCCGCUUCCAACGGUAGAUCUGCAGCCGUGGAGGCCCUUGCUGACGCAAAUGCCGAUGUGAAUGAGCCCGACGCUGCUGGCAUGACGCCCCUUCACCAGGGAGCAACGUAUCAGGCCACCGACGUUGUGGAUGCGUUGCUGAGGCGCAAUGCAAACGUCAGCGCCGUGGAUUCGAAUGGGAAGACGCCGUUGCACGUAGCCGCUGCGGGGGUUAAUCUUGACGUUGCCAGGCGACUUGUUGAGGAAGGUGCCAACAUAGCUUCCACAGAUAAUAGGGGCAGAAGUGCAUGUGCUUGUAUUUGCAAAAGCGACUGUGUCGAACGCGAGAUGGACAUACCAGACAUGAAAAAACUGUUGAUGUGUUGA